CGCGCUCUGAUUGGCUGCUCGGGGACAUGUGACCAACGGUCGCGGGAAGUCCUUUGCCACGCGCGUGAUAGGAAGACGCUAGUUCUUGACUCAUUCAAACUUUUCUUGUAAACAUUGGUGUGCGUUUAUUGCGGUUAGACGUGUUUCUGUGUCGGUGAGCAAUCACCUAGUCACUACCGGAUAGUUUCAGUAUUUGUUUUUACUUUUACAACGACUUCAGACGUUGUUUUUACGGUGAAAUCAAGCCACUCCGGGGCCGUUUCUUCUGCGUUGGAUGGGCGUGUAGCAGUUAGCAACAACACGUUAACUUUUUCUGGCAUGCUAGCGGAGCUUUAAACGCUUCGCAGCGGAUUUUUGGACAUUUUGGAAAAACAAUACCUUUUAUUUCAAGGUAUUUAGAAGCUGACUAGCUUUGUGAGAAACGCCACCGCAGCCGUAGUCGGGCUCCAACCGCGUGAUUUCUCCCGUCGACGACGCCGGGGUUUAAAUCCUGAAAAUGUCGAGCUACAGCCGCCACCGACAUGGAUCGCCCUCUCCGAAAUCUCGACCAAUUCGACAAAAAUUACAGUUUACAUCCAGCGACGGAGAGGACGAGCCGAUUGAGGACGUUAACAACAGCACGGGAGGCGAGUCUGGCUUCACGGAGCUGGACUCCCCUGUGCCAGGGCGACGGGACACCGCCGAUAAACGCCUGGAGGGGAGCAGCAGCCCCCUGAACCACGACGAGCUGUGGGACGAGGAGGGCUUCGGAUCCCCGUCUCAUCUGCGGUCACCGAGCAGCAGCUUCUUCGCCAACUGCUCGCCGUCACCGAGAAAAGCUUCACGGUUGUACGGAGGGUCACCGGAGCGAUCCUACGUCCAGGACGACGGGGAAGGAUCCAGCUCACCGAUCCCAGACUGCCCCGACACACCUCCGCACAAAACCUUCAGAAAACUCAGACUUUUUGACACACCGCACACACCAAAGAGUUUGUUGUCCAAAGCCAGAGGCUCCGGCCCGGGAUCCUCCAGCAGGAGAGUUGCCCUGUUCAAGAAUGUGGAGCCUUCAGGAAAGUCAAUCACAGACAGCAGCAGGAGACAGCAGACUCCUCUGGUCAACUUUAACCCAUUUACCCCCGACUCCCUCCUCAUCCAGUCGGCCACACAGCAGAGAAACAACAGGAAGAGGGCACACUGGAAUGACUCAUGUGGAGAAGACAUGGAGGCAAGUGACGGUGAGGGAGAGGAGGAAAUCCUGCCACCAUCCAAGAGGAUAACCAUGAUGGAAAGCAACAUGAUGUCCCGGUACACCUCAGAGUUCCUCGAGCUAGAGAAGAUCGGCUGCGGGGAGUUUGGUGCUGUGUUCAAGUGUGUGAAGAGACUUGAUGGCUGCAUCUACGCCAUCAAGAGAUCAAAGAAACCUCUGGCGGGAUCAGUAGAUGAGCAGAACGCCUUACGGGAGGUGUAUGCCCACGCUGUGCUGGGCCAACAUCCGCACGUGGUGCGUUACUACUCAGCCUGGGCCGAGGACGACCACAUGCUCAUCCAGAACGAGUACUGCAACGGUGGCACGCUAUCCGACGUCAUCGCCGAGAACUACAGACGCCUCAGUUACCUGUCAGAGCUGGAGCUGAAAGAUCUGCUGUUGCAAGUCACACGAGGCCUCAAGUACAUCCACUCUACCUCCCUGGUGCACAUGGACAUCAAGCCAAGCAACAUCUUUAUUUCACGGAAAUCUGUAGCCAGCUGUGACGAAUGUGAUGAUGACGACGGGUUGACCACCAGUGUCGUCUAUAAAAUAGGUGAUCUCGGUCAUGUGACAAGAGUGAACAAUCCGCAGGUGGAGGAGGGUGACAGCAGAUAUCUCGCCAAUGAAGUUUUACAAGAGGACUACAGUAACUUGAUGAAGGCGGACAUCUUUGCUCUGGCUCUGACUGUGGUCAGCGCUUCGGGGGCGGAGCCUCUGCCCACCAACGGAGACAAGUGGCACGAGAUCCGACAGGGAAAACUCCCCGCUAUUCCCCAAGUGCUUUCUCCAGAGUUUCUCAGUCUUCUCAAGCUGAUGAUUCAUCCUGACCCAACUAGACGGCCAUCAACCUCUGACCUCAUCAAACACCCGGUACUCCUGACGGCAGCCAGAAUGAGCGCCGACCAGCUGAGAGUCGAGCUCAAUGCUGAGAAGUUCAAGAACGCUCUGCUCCAGAAGGAGCUGAAGAAGGCCCAGAUGGCCAGAGCCGCAGCAGAGGAGAAGGUUUUGUCCACCGACAGGAUCCUGACCCGCUCCACGGUCCAGUCGAACCCCAGAACCUCCAGACUCAUCGGCAAGAAGAUGAACCGGUCGGUCAGCCUCACCAUCUACUGAGACUCUAAUCCACCCUGACGGGUGUUAAAAACACGUGGGCUCAUGGACCUUUUUUAAUCGGACCUGUUGAGUUGAAAUGGUCUCUUUGUUUUUCUUUUCGAGGAGAACCCUGUCGGUCGUGGUGUGGGCUUUUUCCCGCCCAGUUAAAGCUGUAGACUGUUGCCACACUGAACAUGGACUCAUCUCGAUAGACUCUCAUUGCCAACAUAGUUCAGCCCUGUUGCCGAUGGACUUUUCUUUAAAGGGGGGAAACAAAAGAACUCAUUCAUCGAAGGUAGUUACGAUACCUUUCACACUCUCUCAUUCCUUACGUUUGCAUAGACGGCAGACUCUCUCUUCGUUUCUGUCCUUGCACUUCCUUCGACAAAGCCGAAGCCUGUUGGCAACGGAUAAAAGCCGCAGUGAAGCUCUCUUCAGUGUGAAUGUACUUGCCGUAGCUGUGCGCACCUUACUGCCUGUCAAAUGCCUGAUGCUGGGUACCAGAAGAUCUGAGGACUGACGAUUUCUGUGUUUUGUGAUGGAGCACUUUGGAGGCAUCAAGUGGAACUUUCCACAUUUUAAAAGAAGAAAAAAAGAAAAAACCUGCUGCUAUUGAUGUUUUGUGUGUAUCAGGGUUUGGCCAAUUUCAGGUUGGAUCGUUCCAGAUAGAUGCCAUUGGCUCUUAUUUUCAAGUAGCAGGAGUCCAUUUCCCCUUCGUUUAAUGUCCGUUUUGUUCUGGUCAGAUGGAAAAUGGAUCAUGCCAUUUGUGGAAAAUAAUCCAGUUUGUUUAAAGUACCAAAACCAGUGAGCUACUCAUUAUCUGUGAUGUUAGAGUUGAUCCAUAGUGUUUUGACUUUCCCUGUUAUUGGUGCUGCCAGCCCUGUCUGUAGCAUUAGAACAAUCAUUGUCCUGUUCUUUGGAUUCUCAUGUUCUGUUUUUUUUUUUUUGUUGUUGUUGUUGUUGUUGUUUUUUUUUUCUCCUGCUGUCAUUUCCAUGAGGCUCGUCUUCAAUUAUCGUUUAGGAACGUAUUCCUCAUCUUGUUCUUGUAAACUUCUAACACACAAAAACUCUUUUUUCUGUUGUUGUAACCUGUACAUACGUUCUUUUAAAUAAAUUUUCACCAUCUCUACACUUUC